AUGGCCUUUCGGGCUCGCUCGUUGGCCUUGUUUUCCCGGGGCCACAGCCCUCGAACGAGGAUUGUGGCCCAAUUUCGUGGUUUGGCUACUGUCUCUGACAGCACACGGCCAUACGAUGUAAUCGUCAUCGGAGGUGGUCAUGCAGGCUCAGAAGCCUGUGCUGCUGCUGCUCGUUCCGGCGCUCGAACCGCCCUGAUCACCCCGUCUCUCAACAACAUCGGCGUAUGCUCGUGCAAUCCCAGCUUCGGAGGAAUCGGCAAGGGUACAAUAAUCAGGGAGAUAGAUGCCUUAGAUGGUGUGGCAGGCCGAAUCAUCGACAAGGCAGGGAUCAUGUUUCGAAUUUUGAACCGAUCCAAAGGGCCCGCGGUUUGGGGCCCGCGAGCACAGAUUGACCGGGACCUCUAUAAGAAGUAUAUGCGAGAGGAGCUGCUCGCAACAGAGGGUUUGAGUAUCCUGGAAGGCAAGGUCGAGGACAUUGUGAUUUCACGAGAAGGAUUGGAUGGGACUCCCGGGGUCAAGGGCAAAAUCGUCGGUGUCAGACUUGAGUCCGGCGAAGUCAUCCCAACCGGCCGUGUCGUGAUCACAACCGGGACAUUUCUUGGUGGAGAGAUUCACAUCGGACUCGAGACCUUUUCAUCAGGCCGAAUGGGAGAGGCUGCGACAUUUGGCCUAAGCAAAUCGCUCAGGGAAGCGGGCUUCCAACUGGGCCGCUUGAAGACGGGCACUCCGCCGCGACUGGAUCGGAAGACCAUCGAUUUCUCCAUCCUUGAAGUUCAGCGGGGCGAUUCCCCUCCUCAGCCAUUCUCCUACCUCAACAAAACGGUGCAAAUUGGCGAUGAGGGUCAGCUGACGUGUUGGAUGACCCAUACCAACGAGGCCUCCCACGAUAUCAUCCGGGCCAACCUGGACAAGUCAGUGCACAUCCGUGAAACCGUCAAGGGCCCGCGAUACUGCCCUUCUCUAGAGUCCAAGAUUCUACGCUUCAAGGACAAGAAACAGCAUCAGAUUUGGCUCGAGCCCGAAGGAUUGCCGCCAAAUGAAAUCAUUUAUCCAAACGGUGUUUCCAUGACGGUCCCCGCGGACGCUCAGUAUGCCAUGUUGCGGACGGUUCGCGGGUUGGAAAACGUUCGGAUGCUGCAGCCCGGCUACGGUGUGGAGUAUGACUACGUCGAUCCACGCAACCUCAAGCCUACCCUAGAAACAAAGCUCAUCAGUGGUUUAUAUCUGGCUGGCCAGAUCAAUGGCACCACGGGCUAUGAGGAGGCUGCUGGUCAAGGUAUCCUGGCGGGAACGAAUGCCGGGUUGGCAGCUCAAGGCCGGUCUCCAAUCACCCUUUCGCGUUCUGAUAGCUACAUCGGAAUCAUGAUUGACGACCUGAUCACCAAGGGCGUUUCAGAGCCCUACCGCAUGUUCACUUCUCGCAGCGAGUAUCGCAUUUCGACCCGCUCCGACAACGCUGAUUUACGCCUCACAGAGAUGGGCCGGGCCGCCGGUAUCGUCUCCGACAAGCGCUGGCAACACUUCACCGACACCAAAGCGCAGAUUGAGGAACUCAAGACUCUACUGGAGAAUACCAAAUUUUCAUCUGCGCAAUGGUCGCGCAAGGGCUUCAACACACGCGUCGACACCUCGAUCCGCUCCGCUCUUGACCUACUCUGCUUAAACGGUACCGAUAUCGACUCUCUGAUUCCGCACAUCGAGUCACCCACUGGCACCGUCUACACUCCGGCCUCGUUCCCUCCUGAGAUCAAAGAGCGCGUUGCCAUUGAGGGCCGGUACGCACCGUACGUGAAACGGCAGGCUAUCAUGGCUCAGAAAUUCCAACGGGAAGAGAAUUUACAUCUUCCACCCGACUUGGAUUAUUCCAAGGUUCACGGCCUCAGCACCGAAGAGCGACAAGCUCUUGAACGUGUCCGGCCAGAGAGCGUGGGCAUGGCAAGGCGGAUUGAAGGAGUCACGCCUGCCGGUGCGCUGAGAUUGCUGAUGCACGACGAAGCAGAAGCCACCAGGGAGCGCACCUCUUCGCUCUGA